AUGCCCAGCCUGGCGAAUGCUGGCACCUCUGUCGCCUCACCAGAACACUUGGAUCCGCCCCAGUUGAGGGCCCACAAGUCUCUACGUCGCCGGCCAAAUGUUCCCUUGAACUCUCCAUCCGUCGCCCAAACAAUAAAACCGGUGGGCCACAAUGGCCUCCCGUCAGGGACAGCCUCUCUGCCACCAGCUCCCGUUCGUCCCUUAACGCCUCCCGCGGUCGCCUCAACUGAAGACUCGAACAUCCACGGGGCGCAUAUCGCAACAACACCUUCUUUACUCUCGGUGAGCGAUGCGGUAACCCCGAGGCCAUCGCAUCCUCCCACGCCCGAAACCACCCCUCCUCAAGUCGCUGCUGAGGCUCAGCGUCCGGCCCUCAAGCAACUCGCCCAGUCUUUCUCCUCGUCUCGGGCGGAUUCCUUUCGCACUGCGCUGGAAAUCAUCUCAGAUGCUGGAACUGAAACCCCGUCUCGGUCAGCCCGGUCCUCCUUGUUUCUAACCAGACAGAGCGAUUCGUCCGAUCGCAGCAACACGCGAAGCGGAGAAACAACGCCGGGGGCUGACUCGCACGAGCCUGUAGGUGGAUUGUCAAUCGAGCAGUUCCGCGAGCAAAUCGGCUGGCCCCAGACGGAGCCUACUACAGCCGAGCCUGACGCCUCGCGAAGAUUCUCCAAUGUGUCCACGACGUCCACCGUUGAGGUUAUGAUUAUUGACUCGCCGCGAUCAACUCAACGUUCACUUCGUCACACUGAGAAGCGGAGCUCCCUCCGCUCAGUCAGCUCUCCCUUGACGAAAUCGGAACACACCUCACUGGUUUCUAACCCAGAUUCGCAGCAUCGCCUGGUUCAUAAGAGCGCGCGCAUCACAGAACAUGAUCGUCGGAGUGUUGCGUCGGAGAUGUCUAUUUCAGGGAUUUCGGCAAUGAGCUUUCUCCCGCCGAAUGUGGAAAUAGUACCGGUGGUGGUGAUCCCUGAGCGGCGGUCGUCCCUUAAGUCCUCGACUUCGACCAGCCGGAAUACCUCCCAAAGUCGCUCACGAUGCUCGAGUCGACGAGCUCCGGUCGCCUCGGGCAGCCGCCCAGGCUCGCUGGAACCCUCGCGCCGCAAGGAGCGGACGCUGUCCGAUGCGAGCACCAACGCGGAUAAGCGGGCGCAAUCUCGAGGCCGUAGCGAUGGUCGGCCGGUCAUCCCACAGCGUAAUUCGUCGUUGUCUGCACCGACCAGCCGCAACGAUUCACGGACCACAUCUCUUACCUCUGAGAGCCUACGAAAUCACACGAUGGCAAUGGAGCAAGAGACGCGAAAGAAGCCAGCGCCACUUCCUCUGCCCCAACCCGAGGGAUCGUCCCACGGCCGGGCUGCGCACGAUGUUCCAGAAGCCGCGAAAACGCAAUCCAUCAUCAUCGGCGUCGAAGACAUGUCGCACCUCCGGCCGCCGUCCAUGCCCUAUACCCAAGUCUCCAUCCCGUCCUCAUCUCCCGGAGUGAUUGAAAUCAGGGAAGCGAGGACCAUCGCCAUUUUCCCGCAUAACAACGAGUCAUUAUUGCUGAACAAACCCCAAACGCCGGUCCCGUUGACGCAGUUCGAGGUGGAGUCACCAUUGAAGAAUCCCCGCCAACCGCCCAAGCCACCGGUCUGCCACGUCUCGCCUCCGUCGCCCGUGCAAGACGCCAGUCGCCAACUGGGAGCCGCCGUGAGUGAAGCCGAUGCGAAUGGACGUCCGGCCCGUCGGUUCGGGUCCAUCCGGCGUCCGUGGAUGGUACGUCCUCGGUCUGAUUCAUACAGUUCUGCUCUCGGGUCUUUCUCACUGACGUCCGUGAAGAACCGCAAGGCGGACAACCCCGAGAUCGACGGGCGCCUGCAGCCCUUCUGGCGACCGCGUCGCUUCUGGGACGACUCGGAGACCGACACGUCCUCCCCCAACGGGAGCCCCGUCGAAGACCGCCACCACGAGCCCGACACGGUGAUCAAGAACUCGCUGGGGAUGCCGCAGCAGCGGACGGUGCUGGAGGGGCCGCCCAUCGCGCGCAACCCGGAGACCCGCCGACGGCUGGGCGGCCACCACCAUGCGGCCAACCGCGGCACCCUGGUCGGCAGCAGCCAAGUGUUUACGCCAGAGGCCCUGUACUCCCAGACUUCGCUUCAUCACCACCGGUUCCAGUCCCUGUCGUGGUGGCGGUUGCGGCUGCGGGCCGGCAAGGUGCGCAACCUCCGCAAACGCAUGCGCCGGGUGUGGCAGCAGCACGGCGAACGUCGACGCGAGGCCAAGCGCGAGAAGCUGAAGCAGAGCAUCGGGGAUGCGGUGCUGGUCGAUUCCAGCACGAGCCCGAGGCCAUAGUCAGGGCUGCAGUACCGUUGAUUAUGAUCGACGACAGAUGCCUUUUUGCUUAGAGGAUUGGAUAUACAGGCUGAUUUGAUGUUACGCAUGCUUAUGCUUAUGAUCUGCUUAUGAUCGGCUUAUGUUUUUUUGUCUCACGGUUACGAUUGAUGAGUUUGAUGAUUGAUGAUACCAUUUAUGAUGUUUUUGCCUGUUUAUUUUUGUUCUCGAUACUGAAGCAAGCCCAGUUCGUCUCCUAUUCCAUUCCAUUCCCAAGAUUCAAGCCAAGAUACCACAAGAUUAGCAAUUACCAAUGACCACAAAG